UGACUUCACGCAUGCUUCUUGGAGUCUCGGUCUCUAGGCUGCUAAUCUCCGGCACAGGUUCUCCGUCGCCGGUGGCCAGGCACGCUGGCAGCCACCAAGCCUCAGCGCGGCAGUGCCUCACGAUCCCGUAGCCUCGCAGAGACUAUCGAAGAUUUAGAUGAGUAUGAGGAGGAAGAAGGUGAAGAUGGAGUUAAGGAGGUGGAGGAGGAGGAGGAAUAUGAAGAGGAAGAACCUCCAAAACCUACCAAGGAGGAAUUGGAAUAUCUUGAAUUGAGGCAACAACUGAAAGAAGGUUUUAGAAAGAAAAUGAAGAAGGAAAAUGGCUCUGCUCAGGCCAAUUGCCAAGAGAAAAGGAAGAAACUGCCGUGUGAUAAUUAUGGAUCCUUCUUUGGCCCUUCAACGCCAGUUAUUGCUCAAAGAGUAAUCCAGGAAAGCAAGUCAUUUUUAGAAACUCAGCAUUUGGCAUCGAAAGUUUCCGAAUCACAGCAUCAUAAUAAAAAUGGCUUUGCUUCAACUGCUGCUCGACCCAGUCAACCGAAAGUGACAAAUGAGUUGAAAAUGAAAGUCCAGAAGCUUCGAGAUACAAGAGAUUACUCUUUUCUAUUGUCUGAUGAUGCAGAGCUUCCAGUUCUAUCAGAAGAGUCUCAACCUCGAAAUGGCACUAUUUCAAACUCUGAAGAGCACCGUCAUAAGAAAAAGCAUGUCAGGCAGUACUCUGAUGAUGAAGAUGAUGAUGAGGAUGGGCGGGCUAUCAGUAUGAUCAGAAAAAUGUUUAGGUAUAAUCCCAAUAAAUUUGCUAGCCGUGACGAUGAUGAUAGUGAUUUGGAGGCUAACUUUGAUGAUAUUCUAAAGGAGGAAAGGAGGAGUGAUUUUGUGGUGAUGCAGUGCAAGAAAUGGAAGACAAGAGGAUGAGGAAGAACUUCAAAGGAUAGAGGAAGAAGAGAAAAUGGAGAGGUUGAGAAAAAUUGAAAAGAAGCGCAAACUGAGCAGGCGAUGACAUUAAUAAAAAUAAUUUUUCUUCUGAUUUAUUAUAUCUGGUUUGUUAAUUUAAGGGUUCAAGGUGUAAACACUGAUUCAAGAUCUGAAAAUGCGAUGCGGGACUCGAUCAUUUGUUAAUGAUACAAAAUAUAAUGUCUUCUCAAUGUAGAAUAAGAAGGCCUUUGGGAA